AGGCGCCGGAGGAGUAGAAUUCAAGGUUGCCGCGGCUCCAUCCAAAAUCGAAGAGACGGCCGCCAUGCUGCACAAAUUGGUUAUAAAGUGUGGAAACUUUGCUGUUCUGGUGGAUUUCCAUGUUACGUCGCGUGACUCCAGUAAGGACACUGUAUGGUUUUCUGAUCGUAAGAGAGAGGGUGUCUGCUUGCUGCUAAAAGAUGUGGUUGAUUCAAGGGUGACGCAGUACCUGAAAGGUCGCAAACGGCACGGACAGUCAAAGGAAACGGAACAUGCAAAAGUUAAUCCUUUGUCUCUGAAAGCUGGCGACUUUCAUAUUUCAGCCUACUUUGUCAAAAGAUGGACAAAUCUUCGAUGUAUUACAGGUCGGCAGCAUAGCGAGUUGCGAGUGUUUCCUGACCGAUUUGUGGUUUGUGUCACAAGACUUGACUCCAGUCCACCUCCUCAGGAAGAGACCCUUCCUCCUGGGACAUCUGGAUAUUUCGGAGAAUCUUCAGCAACUUCCCUGACUCAGCAGGAGAAGCAAAACGCCCUGAAAAAGAUAGUGAAGAGGACAAAAACAAAGAAAGCCGAUGAGGGCAAGCAGCCCAGCAAGGACACCAUGAAAGUGUAUCUUGGCUCUCUGCACUCAGACAGGGAGUAGGAAGAAUGCAUCUCGAGCGCCUUCCCCGAUCCUCAGCCCGAAGCAAAAACGUAGGCGUGGAGCUCGACCAAAGGAUUGCAUAAAUACAGCUGAGAGCAGCUUGGGGCUUCCUGUUUCAGAAUGGGACAAGUGAUGUGAAUUGGAGACAGCCGAGCCGUGCAGCCAGCCAGCAAAAACUUCAUUUUGCGGCGUGGUUAGACAGGACUUCGACGCAGGAACCCUCGGUGGUGCUGUGAGUCAGCAGCCCUGCAGCAUCCAAACCAAAGUCAAAGGGUGACUGAAACGACGGCUGCUGUCCUGUCCUGCAGGAGCAAUAAGGUUGUCUCCGAGGCAGGAUCACUCUGUUCCCAGACUUGCAGUCUUGCUGGUUGUCCGGGGACGUCUUUCAGAGAAGUUCCCCCACCCCCAAAUCCCACAUUGUUGGUUUUUUUCCUACACGAGGCUUGGCAGGAGCCAAGUCUGAUGGAGAGUUGCUUACCUGAAGAAAAAGCCUUCCCAAGAGACUUGUUUUUAUGAGAAAUACGAUGGCCGUCAUGCAGACAAACCAAAACCGACUGCAGUCACCAAAGAAUAACCCUUAACGCUUAACCCCCCAUAUGCCAAGCUUGCAGAGAGACUCAUUCAGUGUGUGUGUGUUGGCUGGGAAUUGCAGGGGUUGGGGAAAACACCACCCUAAAAGAAAGCCACAGAAAAAGUUCCCCAAAUUUAAAGCUAUCAUGGUUAUGUCUUCUGCCAGAAUAUAUAUUUGCUUCGGGGGGGGGGGGCUUGCUAAGUACCUGCAAAGAUCAUCUAAAUGGGCAUUUCUCCUGAACUUUCUUAAAGUUUCAGAUCCUUGAAGUCACUGAAAUUUAACAAGACACAAGCUCCAUAUAGCACUGUAUUCUACACCUGGUAGUGAUCCACAACAGGUAAUUGGAGAAGUGAGUUUUGACCUGUUUUUGGCUUCCCCGCAAAGACCCUUCUUCAUUUUGUCAUGAAUCCAUUAUGGGUGGGCCUUUAUCUGCUGCAGCUGUUUACAGCCUAAUUGUCAUUGUUUACCAUCCAGGGGAAUCAAACUGGGAUUUAUGUUCUUUUGCCCCCAUUUCUCUCUAUCUUAUUCCUGUUUUUUGUAUAGCUUUUAAUAUGCAAAAGGCAUUUAGAAGAAAUAGAGUGUGCUGAAUGGAAUAUAUUUCCCCAACCAGCAGGGUUGGGAAGAGAGAGAGAGGCAGAAAGGAUAAGAUUAAACCCACCUCUGUACCUCAAAUCCACUUAAAUUUGUUUGGAGCUAAACCUCUAUUAUUGGAUUAUUAUGAGAUUUACUAUUCACUUGACUCACUUUUCUUUCUGCAUUGCAAUAAAUGUUUACGAGGACAUUAAAACUGCAUCAGAAUUGCUUUAAGGAGGCUUGAGAUCUAAGAGCUUGCAAAACUAGGCAGUGCAAUUGAUCAGGGAGAUAAUACACCCAUUUUGUUUAGGCUUCUCAUGCACCGAUGCGCGUUUGCCCCCAUUUUUAUGCUUGCAAAAACUGCUGAAAGGAUCUGAUUGGUCCAAGAUCAUCUAGUAAAGUUUCAUGGAAAGUGGAGAUUCAAACUGCUGUGAUAUUCCACCCAUGUCACUGCCCUUGUCCAGUGAUUGGUAUACUCAGCUGUUUCCAGAGUUGCUUACCUAUAGGCAGGGCCGUCUUAAGCAUAUCUGGCGCCAUGGUGCGAUUAUCGCUCCGCCCCCCCGCCCUUUCUCACCGCGGCUGUCUGGCGGGUGCAGCGCUGCUGCAGCGGUCGCAGUUGUGCGGUGCCCCCCUGGCGCCCCGGCGCCCUGGCGCUCUGCGCCACCCAGGCUUGCCUUAGAGCCGGCCCUGCCUAUAGGCUGCAUGAAAGGUGGCAGACAAUUGCUUGUAUGUGAGCUAGGCAGUCACUUCCAUUCCACAAUUUGUUUUCAAUUCUCUCUUUUUAAUAUAUAAUUUUUAUUAAAUUUUGUUUUACAACUUAGAAUACUGUACUCAUUUAACCAACCUUAUACUAUCAAUCAGUGACUUCCCUUCUCCUUCCAUGGUUCCUUUUGCAUAGCAUAAAUCCCUGCAUGUUUUAUAUAAACCAAACCAUUCAGGAUUCCAGUAUUACAUCCAUCAAAAGUUAUUUACACUAAUGCUGCCGACGUUUUCAAGUGUACACAAUUCCCCCCCCCCAAUAUAUUCAAUAAACAUU